AUGAGCGCCGAUCAGUUCAAGGCGCGGACGAUGAAGAGGAAGAACGUAAAGGGCCUGGCCUUGAGCGCUCCAUCCAAGCCUGCAGUGCCCUCCGACGAGGACGCGCAGCUGCCUGGUGCUCUGGGCAACAACGGCAAGCGGGCAGACACACUCGAGAUCGGCGUCGAGUUCCGUCCUGAUUGGCGGAGCGAGGACUUGGAGGUCGUGAAAGAGCUUGGUUCUGGCAAUGGUGGUACCGUCAGCAAGGUCCGGCACAAGGGCUGGAAUAUCGUCAUGGCCAGGAAAAUCAUCCACGUCGAGGCCAAGAAGGAGGUGCGGAAGCGAAUCGUGAGGGAGCUGCAGAUUAUGCACGAGUGCAACUCGCCCUACAUCGUCUCCUUCUACGGUGCCUUCAUGAACGAGUCCAACGAUGUCACCAUGUGCAUGGAAUACAUGGAUGUUGGGUACGUCUUCUUACCUCGCAACGGCCGACGGAUUUGCCGCCACUAACACCAAGCUUCUCACAGGUCACUCGACAGCAUAUCUAGAAACUUCGGUCCCGUCCGCGUUGACGUCCUGGGUAAGAUUGCUGAGUCCGUCCUGGGCGGUCUCAAAUAUCUCUAUAUUGCCCACCGAAUCAUGCAUCGAGACAUCAAACCCUCCAACGUUCUGGUCAAUAGCAAGGGACAGAUCAAGCUUUGCGACUUUGGCGUCUCGUCCGAACUGGAAAACAGCGUGGCGGAUACCUUUGUUGGAACCGGAACUUAUAUGGCACCGGAGCGGAUACAAGGGAGUCCGUACACGGUCAAGAGCGACGUGUGGAGUGUAGGUCUGACACUGAUGGAGCUGGCGAUCGGCAAGUUCCCAUUCAGCAUAGAGAGUGAAGACGGAGAAGACGACGCGGCUGGACCACAGGGCAUUCUCGAUCUGCUACAACAGAUUGUCUUGGAACCGGCACCCAAACUCCCGAAGAGCGAUGCUUUCCCGCAGAUUCUAGAAGACGUCAUCGCCAAGUGCUUGAUGAAGAAUCCCGAUGAGCGACCUACACCGCAAGAGCUGUAUGACACCGAUUCGUUCCUCCAGGCCGCAAAGCGCACACCGGUCGACUUGGAGGCGUGGGCGGUAAGCAUGAUGGAGCGGCACAAUAGGAAGAGUCAUCUGGCGCCGCAGUUGUCGCCAUCCACACGGGCGAUGCUGCGAGGCGAGGAGACGCCAAGCCAUAGUGCCAGCAUGAGCUCCAGCGUAAACGAGCAAACACCCACCUCUGGAGAGAUCCCGAUCUCGUCCUCCAACGGACCGAGCGUGUCGUCACGGCCGUUUCCCCUCCGAACAAGCAGUGCCAACUACGUGCAGCAGCAGAUGAAUCUACCUAUAAGACAGGCGCCUGGCGCGUCACGCAGACCUGAAACCUCCGGUACCGACCGCGGCGAUGCAUAUCGAAGAGCUGCUCCAGGGUAUGUGCAGUGA